AUGUCUAUCUACUCUGAGCCGCCGUCACUGCGGCCCUUUCCGGAGGACAAGCCCUCGCUGCUCGUCUGCUGGUGGGCAACCAUCUUCUGCGCCCUCAUGAUCCUGCUGCGCAUCGUUGGCCGCUUCAUCCGCACCGAGAAGCUCUUCAACGAAGACAAGGUCGUCGCUCUCGCCCUGAUUCCGCUAUUCUUGCGCAUGGGCUGCGUCCACUUCAUCCUCACAAAUGGCACCAACAACUCCGACUUCACCGGGGUUGCCCUCACUUCCGAGCAGCUGCACAAGAAAUCCGUUGCCAGUGGUCUCGUUCUGCUGGCUCGCAUACUCUAUGCCGCGACGCUAUGGAUUCUGAAAGGCACCAUUCUCGAAUUCCUGGCGCGUAUCACCGACCUGACGUGGCAGCGAUCGCAGCGAUACACGUUAAUCGCCAUCCGAUGCGCCCUCGGCCUCACCUUCAUCGCCGUCGUCAUUAGCGAUCUCGUCGAGUGCCACCCUUUUCAGCAUUACUGGCAGGUCUUGCCUGACCCUGGCGGUCAAUGUCGUCAAGGCUUCGUCCAGCUCAUCACCUUGGCCACCUGCAACGUCCUCACCGACCUGCUGCUCGUUAUAUUCCCCAUCCCUCUGAUCAUUCAGAGCCACAUGACGCUUGUCCGAAAACUCCAGCUCCUUCUCCUCUUCUCUCUCAGCUUGUCAGUUGUUGGCGUGACCCUCUACCGGGUGCCACUCAUCAUCGACGCCCAUGGCCGCCAGUCGUACCGAUCGCUCCUCGCGUCCGUCGAACUCAUCUUCGCCACUGCGUCUGCAAAUGCCCUUGUCUUGGGCUCCUUCGUCCGAGACCGAGGCGUCAAGAAACAGAAGCCCAGGCGAACCUCCACCGCCGCCGAGUCGUUUGAACGCCCUACUGUGCGAAGGCCAACGAUGCAGCGCCAGUGGGGCAGCGAUGAAGACCUGGUGAGGGAUCUUGGACUGGCCGUUGAGCCCGAGCUACGAGAGCAACCCGACACGCCAUCUGAUGACCUGUACGCGCCCAUCCAACCGAUGCGCUCUGUUGGACAUGAUCGCCAACAGCGAGAGGACAGCGCCCACGACAGCGCCCAUGACAGCGGACAACAGAGCGCACAGGAGAGCGGAGACCUGUUGAUUUAUAGGACUGAGUCUCCGCACGAGUCCAGGAAGCUCUCGCUGUUCGAUGUGGGUGGCCUUCUCGAGGACUCAGCUGGCACAAGUAGUGCAAGUUACCGCAGAGGGAGCAGCUACACUUCAUCCUCCAUGGACGCAAGCACCUCCCAGAACCCUCCUCAGCCGUCCAGAAAGGCCAGCGCAAGCGGCGUUCGGCGUGGCUCAACGGCGCUGCUGCAGGACCUGGGGGGUCUCUUGUCCCCUCUCAACUCAAAGUCGUCGGGUCGGUCCAAGCCGAGGACAGGCACCGAGCUGCAAACCAUCCCGCAGUCUCACCAGGAACAUCACACUUCAGCAGGAGAAUCCUCCAACCUCGUUCUCAUGGACCCUGGCGGCCUCUUACGACCGUGA